AAUAGGGAAAAGAAACAAACAAACAAAGGAUUAAUCACCUACCGAUCUACUGAAAAGUCCAUGCAUGGUAUAUAAGCAAAUGCAAAUUGGUAAUUAAAAUUGUAUACCCUAAAGGUCCACCAACCCCACCUCCAACGCCUUUAAUCAAGCCAAGACUAUGCCUAUCAUGAUGACCAUGACCCUUAUCCUUCCCCAAUCUAACUCCAUCUAUAUAAAUAGAGUUCAACACUCAGCACAUGAGAAAGAAAAAAAAAGGGAAUUUUCACAAUCACUUUUUUGGGUAGUAUGGCAGUGGUGGAUGAUUCAUUUAAGAAGCCAGGGGCUGUUCCAUUCAAGUGGGAGGUCCGACCCGGACUUCCAAAGGCCCAACUCCAACAACCCGAACAAUAUGAACAAAAAAGAAGAUCUUUUCAUUGCAGUCCUUCAUUUGUUCUCAGACAGCAGCUGCAGGAACAACUAAAGGAGGCAGCAAACAAUACUUCAGAUUAUGGUGCAUUGCCUGACACUCCAACAAAACUUGCACCUCCACCUGCCGGAUUCUGCUUUCAGGCGGAGCCCCGUACCCGAUCCUUUCCGUCCCCUUCUCGAACCCGUUCGGAGCGGUACCAUUUCAACAACUCCACUCUCGCACAACCCGAGAAUGUAUUAUCCAGUGGAUGCUUUCCAACAUCUCCUUUUCUCAUCAGCAUGAAGAAUGAUAGAAAGAAAACAAAGAAGCAGCACAAGCUUAAGGUCCGACCUGAGUCCAAGUCCGAACCUGACAGUGCUUCGGAUCUUGGAAAGUUGUCCCCUUGGUCAGUUUCAAGUAGAGCGUCCAUGUCUCCUUUCUGGGAUUCUCCAUUUUCUUCUUCAUUUUCAUCCCGCCGGUCAUCACCCCGGCCGGUGAACGAUGCCGAGUGGGCUGGCUUUGGGCUAUUUUAGAGGAAGAAUUAUAGAAAUAAAUACAUUGUAUUUGUGGGGAGCAUUUUUAUCACAUAUCAGUAUUGGAUAUAUAUUAAGAUCUUAUUAGUUUCCAUGUAUAGCAUUGCAUAUUAAAAAUGUCACACUUACUUCGUUUCUUACUCGUAGUAAAACUUUGGAAUAGAAUUUUCAUUUACCAAA